UUCCCAGGAUAGUAUCGAGUGAUAAUCUUCUUUAUUCCCCCUUGCCACCAUUAGACCAAAAGAUACCAAAUCACAAAUCUCUAAGUCUUGCUUCUCCCAAACCACUCAGAAUUGUUUAUCCUAAACUCCAAUUCACAAAUAGUCCAAGUUACAAUUUAAAAUAAAUCAAACUCACCUAAAAACAAUUCACUCAAGUCAAAAUUGUCUGCAACAAAAACACACAGUGUUUAUCUGGGUCAUCUAAUCUUGGACCUUAAUUUCAAGAAAACUAAAUCAACACGUUUUGAAAAAGAAAACAAUAAUCUUGGUUUUCGUUUAUUUUAUUAAAUUUAAAGCAAAACUUGAAUCGAACCUGCACAUUCUGAAAGAAUUUACAUGGAUACUUCUGCUGGUUCCGCAACAUUGGAACAUCAUCAGGAGCUACUAGAGCGGAGUCCCGGAAACGACCCUGGAUUCAUUAAAUCCGAACUGGAUGAUCGCUUGUCAGAAAGAGACCCGAGUGACGAUGUCGCAACUGGGGAUGAGUUGGAAGAUGAAUUGUUUUCUCCCGACGAUCCCGACAAGAAAAACUCAAAUUUGAGUCGUCGACCCGAAAAGCCUCCCUAUUCAUACAUAGCGUUGAUAAUGAUGGCCAUUCAGUCAUCGCCUUGUAGACGGUUGACUUUGAGUGAGAUUUAUCAAUUUCUUCAACAGAGAUUCCCGUUUUUUCGCGGAUCGUAUCAAGGCUGGAAAAACUCAGUGCGGCACAAUUUGUCACUGAAUGAAUGCUUCAUCAAGCUGCCCAAAGGUCUGGGAAGACCAGGGAAAGGUCAUUAUUGGACCAUCGACCCCGCGAGUGAGUUUAUGUUUGAAGAAGGGUCCUUUCGAAGACGACCCCGAGGGUUCCGAAGGAAGUGCCAAUCCGUCCGCUCUCCAUAUCUCUACAGCCAGACGUCAGCAGGCCACCCGAUGAGUGCAGCGACUGCUGGGAUGUUUCCAGGAUACCCAAGUUAUCUUAACUCUUCGCCCGCGGAACUUGCAUCGAAUGCUUCGCUACAAGCCGCAGCAGCCGCCGGGGCGUCUGGACACGCUGGAUACUUUACUGGAGGGUAUAAUACAGUAGGUCUGAACUCAAAUGCUCAGAACCAUUCUUUGUACUACGGAUCAAACGGAGUCGGUUCAAUAAGCGGAGAUUGUGGCUUGCCGUCCGAUAGUCAAAUUCAUCCUCAGGCUUUGUUGAUGUACUCUGCUGCCGCCAAUCCGGCGGAUAGUCACGCGGUACAAAACGCAAUGGCCGCGGCAAUGAACGCAGCGGCCAACCCCUGGAACUUCGCAACAGCUGCGGGGUGCACCCCUAAAAUGGAAUAUGCCUCACCGCCAUCGACUUUGGCGGGAUCCCCUUACUAUUCUCAGAAUGGAGUCUUGCCGACUAGCAGCAAUGCACAUCACUCUGGAUCCGCGAACACCUACCAGCACCCGAAUCAUCAGCACGAGACAAACUCGGCCACACCCAACUCCUUUCACAGUCCCGGAAACCAGUCCAUCGGGACGACUGGCUCCGCAUCGGCUUUGAGUUCAGCUCAUUUCAUGGCGUCUUCGUUGAACCAACAUUCCUUAAAUUAUCCUCAUUUUUCUUUCUUCAAUCAAGAUUCAGGAUACGACGGACACCAUUUAUCCCAACUACAAGCGCAGUUAGGAAGCAGUCACAGCAACUCUAACGGGUCUACUUCAGCAAACAUGUACCCUCAAUUGACCUCUGACCCCAAUGCUCUGCACACUUCUCCCAACGGGGUCAACUCAACUUUUCUUUCGAGCAGACCGCGAGCAAACAAUGUGGAAUCAGUGAACACAACUUUGACCUCCAAUAACACAGGCAGUAUUCCAUCUGCUGCGUCGGCAGCUGCAAAUGAAAGCAUGAACAAUAAGCACAGAUCAAAUAUUUCACCCCGAAGUAUGAACAGUUCAAUGACUGUAAUGGGACAGAACAGUGCAAUAAACGAGAUGCAGGAGGCGAAUAUGGGAGCGAACCCAUCAGUCGAUUUCCAUAUGAGUCAUAUAGCAGCUGCGAAACAGGCCGCAGUCAACGCAGUUUUGCAUCAAUCGUCAUUUUGAUACCAAAAAACUUGUGUCAAAAAUAUUGAUAGUUUCUGUUUCUUUAAAAUCUCAGUUAGA